AAAACGACAAUCCCCAACAUCGUAUUGUCUCUCAAUCACUUCACGCACACUGUCACAGGUGUAGCGGCGAAACUGAGGUCGUAGAAAGAAUGGCGAAAACGACGUCGUUGUUGCUCUUUACACUGCUCCUCUUCGGAACCUUAGCUCUCAUCCAGGCGAAGAAAUCGAAGGAGGAUUUGAAGGAAGUGACCCACAAGGUUUACUUUGAUGUUGAGAUUAAUGGAAAAGAAGCAGGUCGUAUUGUGAUGGGUCUUUUUGGAAAGGCUGUUCCAAAAACUGCAGAAAACUUUCGAGCUCUUUGCACUGGGGAAAAGGGAACUGGUAAAAGUGGCAAGCCUCUCCAUUACAAAGGUAGCUCAUUCCAUAGAAUUAUUCCUAGCUUUAUGCUCCAAGGAGGUGAUUUUACACAUGGCAAUGGUAUGGGUGGAGAAUCAAUUUAUGGAGAGAAGUUUGCUGAUGAGAACUUCAAGUUAAAGCAUACUGGACCAGGACUUCUAUCAAUGGCAAAUGCUGGUCCUGACACCAAUGGCUCACAAUUUUUCAUUACAACCGUGACAACUAGCUGGUUGGACGGAAGGCAUGUUGUUUUUGGUAGAGUUCUUUCUGGAUUGGAUGUUGUUUACAAUAUUGAAGCUGAAGGAACACAAAGUGGCACUCCCAAGAGCAAGGUUGUGAUUGUUGACAGUGGUGAACUCCCUCUAUAAUUGUACUUCCUUGAUUCUCAACCAGGAAUAGUUGAAGGUGUUAUCAGUUUUCAUUUCGAUUCCAUCUACGAGACUACUUAACUUUUAUAAGCAUGUUCUAAUAGAUCAAUGGUUAGUUGUAUGUUUGUGAUACUCAGUAGAUGAAGUUUCCCCCUAAUGAUAAAAUGAAAAAUGGCAUUUGUGAACAUGAACUUUGUAGGGGGAAAUCGAAGUGAACAACAUGGCUGUCAAAUAUUAGCAUCAGCCCUUAAUGUGGAGGAUCUUGAGCUAGGAAAGAAAUUGGCACACCAUCAAUGUAUGUUCUGCUGUUAUGUUGUUA